CUGUAGGGGGCCCUCGGCCUAGACUGGCAGCUUUUUGCGCAGGCGCAGCAAUUUCCCAGGGGUCUGCCAGCUGACGGUCAUGUCGGUGCAAGAGGACCCGGUUCAGCGGGAGAUCCACCAGGACUGGGCCAACCGCGAGUACAUCGAGGUGAUCACCAGCUCCAUCAAGAAGAUCGCCGACUUCCUCAAUUCCUUCGAUAUGUCCUGCCGCUCUCGCCUGGCCACGCUCAACGAGAAGCUGACAGCGCUGGAGAGGCGGAUCGAAUACAUCGAGGCCCGGGUAACAAAAGGUGAAACGCUGACAUAGGUGUGCUGGAGGCUCACAGGGAGCCAACCUGGAAGAGAAUGUGCAGCUAUUUACAAAGCUGAUAAUCAGACAUCCGAUUUCUUCAUUACUUAAUAUGGAUGGGAGUUAUGCUCGUUUCUACCCCUUGGGAAGCUGCAUCCCCCAUUUGAAGCCUGUGACUUUGUGCGGGUGAUUCCAGCUGAAACUGCUAAAUUGUAUGAGAACAUGUUUAAUUAUGUGGUUUUAUACAAGCAGAUUCAUGCAGUUCAUGUCCUGCUGCCCCCAUGUGCUUGCAAGGCCCUCUGGCUUUGCAACAAUGGAAUCUCUUAAUUGAACCAAAUCUUAGUUUCUGGGAACAUUAUUAUUUUUUCUUCUAGAAUAGAUCAGGAUGUGGGGACUGCACAUAGUGGGUGACUCUGGUGGCAGUUUCAGUAUACAUAGUAAACAUCCUAUGGCUAGCUUUUGUUGUUGGAAGGUAUCAAAUCACCCAUUUGGCUGCAGUUGCCCAAUAGAAUAAAUGUGCAGUAUAUAUUGGGGGUGGGGAAGAAGAUCAUGUGCCAAGGGAGGGGUGGCUCAGUUUUCUAAGUAUUUUGUAUUCUCUAAUGUAACUUGGGGUGUCUUUUCCAUUUGUGUUUCAAAAUAAAACCACCUCUGCUUAA